UAGACGUUGUCAAAUUUGCUUGAUAACGACCACGAUCAGUGUCUGCAAUCGAACGCAACACCCUCGUCAGGUAGCAAAGUCGUAGAAAAGACAAUGACCCAGACUCAUCAGGGAAGACGACGGACAAAACAGGGCAGGCGUCAAGUCACAUGCUUAACCCCUACCACGACUUAAACGGGGCUUCUGUCUCCCAGCAGAGACACAAAAAACAGCAAUCGUCGAUGUCUCCAUCUCUAUAGAGAAUGUCUGCUCACACAUGCCAGACAUCCAGCAAUUGACAGACCCCUCCCGCCCUGUCGAGGGUGUUUCACUCUAUCUCGGGGGAAAGGUAUACAGGCUGCAUCCAGUUUGCGCGGGCGGCAGAACCGCAUACACGAUCGGAGGGACGAACGCCUCGCCUUCUCUGCAGAGGCGGCAAGUGAGCGGGCAGAUAUCCCCCACUGUGGUCUCCGAGGGCACGGUUGGCGGGAGGCCCGGGAUGCCAGGGGUGUCGGCAAAUCUGGUCAGGAGAUCUGCGAGUGUGAUGGUGCAGUCCUGCUCAGUCAUGAAGUACAGGAAAGAGCAGUCGAUCCUCAAAUCUCGUCCCACUUCUUCGACAGCCUUGAGGUCCUCACACACGCCUGACACGAGGCCUCUGUACUCGUCAGGCAGCUCACACUCGAUACCUGUGGGGGCCGGUGAAAUCUCGCCAGGAGCUGGAAAAACGAAGAAAGAACACAUGCAGGCAUGUUCUUGGGGGACGUGGCAGGCCCCCUGCCUUGCCAACUGGCUCACCCACCUUGUCUGAUGCCGAUUGGAGGGCCGACUUGGGAUGGGACGAGCUCAAAAGCCUCCGCCUCCGCAGCGGGCACGCAGCUCGGCACUUGUGGGACGCCGCCGACGACUGUGAGUCCUGCGCCUCCGUCAUGCAAGCGGCCGCCACUGAGACAUGUCAGUGUGAUCUGCUCGAUGGUCGAGUAGCCCAGGAACCGCAGCGAGGAGUCUGGGCAUUUUAUGGUGUAGGUCUCGCCGGUCUUGAUGAAGCGGCUGACGGGAGUGACACCUCUUCGUACCGACGUUGGAAUGUCCGGCGCCUCGCAGUCACCCUGGCAGUCGCCGUCGUCAAAGUUGCACGACGCCACGUUGCACGGCGCUUCACAGUUGAGGUUCCUCCGCUCCCACAACUCGCAGCCCGGCGCGCACUCUGAACGAGCCAAUGAGGCACAUGUUGGUCAUGUGUAAGCACGCCAUGCGAACGAACCUUCACACAAGCCGCAGCUCGCUCGGCACCCGUCCCUCACGCGCGCCUCUGGCGGGACGUCGUCGGGGAAGGGCUGAUUGAGGCGUUGUGCCAGAUCGAAGAAGAACUCGUCGCAUGUUGCCGCGAAGAGGAUAAACCUGCAAUCGAAGCCGCCGGACAGGCGGGCAAUGUUCGGAUCGUCCUCGCAGGUUGCGCCAGCUGGACGGAAGCGACAGAUAUGUAAGGCACCGUAUGAUGUAUGCAGACUUGAUGGGCCCGGCCCGAUUCAACUUGCUCUAAUGACUGACGUACGGCAUUUGAAUUGGUUGCAGACUCUUCGCUCUUUGAGACUUGAGGGGCAGGGCCGGCCACCCGUGGCUGGCACCUACAUAUGUUAACACAUACACACACGGGCGGUUUGCAAGGAGAGAAGCCAGCCAACUCGAGUCGCCAGCUCGCUUUGCCUCUUCCUUCCCCCCCUCUUUAGAUUGCCCGUCCGUCCUUUGUUUGACCUACCUGUACUUGUCGCGUCCGUAUCUGCUGCCCAUAAGUGCCACUCUCGAAGCAGCUGGCCGAGCAUUCACUCCACUCCGUCCAAGCAGACACCACGCAAUCGCCACGAGCUGAAACGAGAGAGAGAAGAGAAACCAACACGUACUUAUCUUCUUGGGGGACGUGGCAGGCCCCCUCCCUUGCCAACUGGCUCACCCACCUUGUCUGAUGCCAAUUGGAGGGCCGACUUGAGAUGAGGCGAGCUCGUUCUGCUCGCAUGCCGCCGCCUCCUGGGGCCUUCCGCAUGGGCUUGUGUUGCAAGCAACUGUUUCAUCGAGUGGUGGGCACGCAAAGUCACCAGCACAUGGAGGUGUCUGAUGAAGAAGAAUGUCAGUUAAUAGCAGAUAAAACGUCAAGAGAGGGAAUUUGAUAACAUGGUGCUACCGUUGCGGUCCGCGCUCUGGUCUUGAUGCCCCCUCCACAGGAUUUGGUGCAGGAGGUCCAGUCGCUCCAGGCGGACACGACACAAUCCGAGAUAGAGCAAUCGCUCGCUGAGGGCGCGACCGGAGGAAGGGGGAUGAAGUCGCCUUCAUUGCCUUGGGCGCUCGAAAGGGCCACGAUGGACAAGAAUAUCGCUGCGCGACGAAGAAUGCGCUGCAUUUUGGGGCCACCGCCGAGGCGCAGGGAGAGGGAUUUGAGGGGCUGAUGGCCCAACCAACAACGGUCCUUCUGUGCCUUUUGCUCUUCUCUGUGAGAAGCCCCACUCAAAGGGAGGGAGGGAACUAAAGGAAAUAUUUCGGUCG